AUGAAGCUCGGUAUACUUUUCGCCGCCGUCGUGGCUGCAUCCCAAAUUCGGUUGAUGCCCCAUGCUUCGGAAAAGCAGCAUUAUAAGCUGGUCCCCCAGGCCGAGCACCCGAUCGACUUGAACCAGUAUGAGAAUGACUUCGUUGUCAGGAUGCCAUAUACCAACGAGUCGUUGAAAUACCUCAAGAAUCAGAAACUCAAAAUAUGGUCGAGCAACGGCGCCAAACAGACCUUGGACGUCCAGUUGAACUCGGCCCAACUUGCACAAUUGGGCACUGCAUUUGAUAUCUCCAAGGCUGAAGUCAUAAUCCCAGACUUGGCCCAGGCAGUGUACGAGCUGUAUCCAGAUAAAACAGAGAAUGUGUUUGCCGAAGAGGUUGACUUUAAGACUACAUCGGAGGUGUUCUUUAAGGACUACAGACUGCUUGAGGAUAUCCACCAGUGGUUGCACUUGCUUGAGGAGACGUACCCUGAUCUCAUCAAGAUGGAGACGAUCGGCCAUACUUACGAAGGCCGUCCUUUCCGUGUGGUUCAUCUCUCGGUUAAGGAUAGGGAUGUCGAUCACGAACAGAAGAAGACCGUUGUCAUCACAGGUGGUGUUCAUGCUAGAGAAUGGAUCUCGGUGUCUACUGUGCUUUACAGUGUCUAUGCCAUGUUGCGCCAUUGGGAAGAGAAUCCGCACGAUUCAAAAACCUUGGCUCAGUUAGACUUUCUCUUUAUUCCUGUGCUUAAUCCUGACGGAUACGUCUACUCUUGGGAAACUGACAGAUUGUGGAGAAAGAACAGACAGCCUGUUGAAGGUGGUGAUGAAGGUAGCUGCAGAGGUGUUGACAUUGACCACUCGUUUGACUACCACUGGACUCCUUCUUCGGAGUCUGUUUGUAGCGAAGACUAUGCUGGCAAGAUUCCAUUCGAGGCCUAUGAAGCGCGUGUGUGGGACGAGUACCUCAACAAGACUAACGAAGCUCACCACAUUCAUGGCUACAUUGACUUGCAUUCUUACGACCAAGAAAUCUUAUAUCCAUACGUUUACCUGUGCGAACAUCAGCCAAGAGACGAGGAGAACUUGAUUGAGCUCGCUUAUGGCAUCUCCAAGUCUAUCCGCUGGACUUCUGGUAAGUACUAUGCUGUGUCGCCCGCUUGUCUUGACAGAGAUUCGGAUCUUCUUCCAGAAUUGGGUUCUGGUACUGCCCUUGAUUAUAUGUACCAUCACAGGGCAUUUUGGGCAUACCAAUUGAAGCUUCGAGACAGCGGAUCGCACGGUUUCUUGUUGCCAAAGAGGUAUAUUGAACCUGUAGGUGAGGAGGUCUCGGCUGGGCUUAAGUACUUCUGCAAGUUUAUUUUGACUAGCGGGGAAGCUUAA